CACGUUUCUUUGAUUUCCCACCGAAUCCUCGAAACCCUGAAGCCUCAUUUUUUAUUUGAAGAAAUAUGUUUCUUUCACGUUGAGAUCUUCCCAGUUUUUCAGACAAAUUUUCCGUCAAAAGGGGAAAUUUUCCCGGAAAAUUUUAUUUUACUUGGGAAUAGCUUGGAAGCUUUUAUGCCUCUCUCUUCCAUUUUGGGACCGUUCCUACUGACUGAGAGGGUUUUUUUUCUUUCUUUUAGGCUUUACAAGUUUCCUGGUUGCUUAACUCUCUUUCAGUUAGCUUUUUUCUGGGAGGAAAUCUCCCUCUGUUUUUCUCUCUCUCUGAAUGCAGAGAAGUUGUAGAAGAGUAGAGGAAGGUGUUUUUGAAGAUGGUGGUGAGGAAGGUGGGGAAGUACGAAAUCGGGAGGACAAUCGGCGAAGGGACCUUCGCGAAGGUGAAGUUCGCGCAGAACACCGAGACCGGAGAGAGUGUCGCCAUGAAAGUUGUCGAUCGAGGCACCAUCAUCAAGCGCAAGAUGGUCGAUCAGAUUAAGAGGGAGAUAUCGAUAAUGAAGCUUGUUCGUCAUCCUUACGUUGUUCGUCUCCACGAGGUUCUUGCAAGCCGCACUAAGAUCUACAUAAUCCUGGAGUACAUUACAGGCGGUGAAUUGUUUGAUAAAAUUGUUCGUCAUGGCCGUCUUAGUGAAGCAGAAACUCGGAAAUACUUUCAACAGCUUAUCGAGGGAGUUGAUUACUGUCACAGUAAAGGGGUCUACCACCGAGAUCUAAAGCCAGAAAAUCUUCUCCUGGAUUCACAAGGGGAUCUAAAGAUAUCUGAUUUCGGUCUCAGUGCAUUGCCUGAGGAAGGAGUUACCCUCCUCAAGACAACCUGUGGAACUCCCAAUUAUGUGGCACCGGAGGUUCUCAGCCACAAGGGCUAUAAUGGUGCAAUUGCCGAUGUUUGGUCAUGUGGGGUCAUCCUUUAUGUUCUUAUGGCAGGUUUCCUUCCAUUUGAUGAACUUGAUCUCACAACUUUAUACAGUAAGAUCGAUAGAGCAGAAUUCUCUUGCCCGACUUGGUUUCCUUUGGGAGCAAAGUCUUUGAUUCAUAGAAUUUUGGAUCCAAAUCCCGAAACACGAAUUACAAUUGCGGAAAUCCGAAAAGAUGACUGGUUCCAAAAGGAUUACACUCCGGUACAACUUCUUGAUUAUGAACACGUGGACCUCGAUGAUGUAUAUGCGGCUUUUGGCGAUCCUGAGGAACAAAGAACCGAUGAACUGAACGGAAAUGAGGAUACAGGUCCCCUGUUUCUCAAUGCCUUCGACAUGAUUAUUCUGUCUCAGGGCCUUAACCUCGCUACGCUAUUUGACCGUGGGAAGGAUUCCAUGAAGUAUCAGACAAGGUUCAUCUCACACAAGCCGGCAAAAGUGGCUCUAUCAAGCAUGGAAGUCGUUGCACAAUCCAUGGGCUUUAAGACACAUAUUCGUAAUUACAAGAUGAGAGUGGAAGGGCUAUCUGCAGACAAGAUGUCUCAUUUCUCCGUCAUUCUAGAAGUCUUCAAAGUUGCGCCAUCUUUUUUCAUGGUAGACAUUCAGAAAGCGGCUGGAGACACAGAUGAAUACCUCAAGUUCUAUAAGACAUUUUGUAGCAACCUAGAGGAUAUCAUAUGGAAGCCGUCGGAUGAAUCUGGGAAAACCCGAGUCCCCAAAUCCAAGAGUAAAAGGCGUUGAGAAAUUGGUAACACGGCUUCUGCGAGUUGCGGUAACUAAUCUUUUACCACAUAAGAUGAGUAAAAGAUGAAAGCAGUUGUGGGUGCUUCUUGUUCGGGUUGGCGUUUUUUUUAAUAGCAUGACGCAGUAAUUUUUCCUUACCGUUCUGCAGUUUUCUUAGUGACGAUGUAGAAUGAAUAGGGACAAGAGUGAUACUGAGAAGUAAGUUGAAUGAAUACAUGGAAGCUUUGAUCGUUCACCAAAACUGUGACCUGUUUGGCGAAGAAAACAUGACUAUGCGUCAAUAGUUUCUCCUAAA